UAUCAACCCAGAAAACAGAUGCAACAACAGGAACGGAGUAAGUAGAGUAAAAAGACGGGACAGAAUACACAAAAACGUUGAUCUAUUUCACAAGCUUGCUUACCAUCAUUCAUUACAAUAGUCGGCCAUGGGAACUAACUGAAACCCUAAAGAAAACAACACUACAACGAGCAGAAACUAACAAGAAAACGCCAUCAACUACUGCACGGCCAUCCACACGACUCUUUGACAACUUGGGCUAUCCACAAGACUAUUUGGCAACUCCGUUAGGGUUUUCGGCCUCCUUGGCUUUCGCCUCGAAGUAGUAGUAGAACAUCGUAAUCAGCCACGAAGCAAAAGCAAUGAGACAUGGGUUAACCAUGGAUCCAUCACCUCCAUGGGUGUCAUCAUCAUUCCUCCUCGCAACAAAUCCGUAGAGAGCAACCGCAGCCAAUAACCCAUCAAUGAUACGGUAGCCAUAAGUGGGUCUCAGAGCAAGGUACAUGGAAACAAUCACCAGUACACCAAGCAAAGCAAUCAGUGCAUAAGCAGAGUUGUAGACACCAGCCCAGAUUUUGACACAGUUUAAGCUCAUAAAGAUUAUGGACCCAAAGGAAUUGGACAAAACACCAGGAGGGUUGAAGAAGAGCCGUUUAGCGAGGUUGGUCUUCCUCCACUGGUGUAUCUUAUUGAAGUAGAGGACGAGGAAUGGGUAGCCUGCGCCGGUGAAAACCCCCAGGAGGAAGACUCCGUCAGUUCGAGCAGGAGAGCUCUGAGUGAGAAGUGCGGCGGUGACGAAACCGGUGUAGGAGAGCAGCGCGACGACGAGGAAGACGAAUGUGUCGGAGAAUCGUGAGAAGAGGGUAUAGAAGAGAGAGAUACCAAGUGGUUUCUUGAAGUACGGGAUGGUGGUAACUGGGCGAGCGAUGAUGGAAGGGUAAUCGACGGUGAGUGCUUUCAUGGCGCCAGUAGUCGAGGAGGCCAUUCUGAGAAGUAAAGGGUAACAGCUAACAACAAGAGAAUAGAAAAUAGAUCUGGUCGAUUGAAGAAGAAAAAAGAAGAAGAGAGGUGAAAGUAAAAUAUCUUUCACCUGGGUCGGGUAUACCUCGGGUCGGGGUUUUAGCAGAGCAGGAACCUGUAAGAAAAGGAAGAAGAGGAAGAAGAAGGAUGUUGUACGUUAUAGGAUUGGGAUUGGGCGACGAGAAGGAUAUCACUCUCAGAGGGUUAGAAGCAGUGAAGAAGUGCGAGAAAGUGUUCAUGGAAGCUUACACUUCGCUGCUCUCCUUCGGCCUCUCCGACGACGGAAUCGCUACUCUGGAAAAUCUAUACGGGAAGCCGAUUACGAUCGCCGACAGGGAGAUGGUGGAGGAGAAAGCCGACGAGAUUUUGUCCGAAGCUCGUGCCUCCGAUGUCGCCUUCCUCGUCGUCGGAGAUCCCUUCGGAGCUACGACGCAUAGUGAUCUAGUGGUUCGAGCUAGGGAAUUAGGGAUUGGGGUUAAGGUAGUGCACAAUGCGUCGGUGAUGAAUGCGAUUGGGAUUUGUGGGUUGCAGCUCUAUCGAUAUGGCGAGACUGUUUCGAUUCCGUUCUUCACUGAUGUUUGGAGACCUGAUAGCUUCUACGAGAAGAUAAUGAAGAAUAGGGAGCUUGGACUGCAUACUCUCUGCUUGCUAGAUAUUCGAGUGAAGGAGCCUUCGUGGGAGUCCUUGUCGAGGGGUAAGAAGAAGUAUGAACCACCAAGGUACAUGACGAUAAACACUGCUAUUGAGCAACUGCUGGAAGUUGUACAAAAGCUUGGAGGAUCUGCAUACGAUGAAGAUACCGAUUGUGUUGGGUUUGCUCGGGUGGGAAGCGAGGACCAGAUGAUAGUCGCAGGGCCAAUGAAGCAGCUUCUUUCAGUCGAUUUCGGGCUACCUUUGCAUUGCCUUGUGAUAACAGGCAAAACGCAUCCACUGGAGGAAGAAAUGCUGAAUACCUACCGCCUCAAUACAAACAACGAUUCAAACCAGAAAGAUGAUGGGAGUGUAUAAUUUACUUGUUGUCCAAACAACCACUGUAACCUAUUCAUUCGAGUUGUAAUCGAAAUGUAACAUCGAAAUCUUGUUUUGCUUAUUGUAGUUCUGCGAAAUUGAGUAACACAUAUGAUGUGCUCAACUGAUUUUGGCGCCAUUUUGUUACUUAAUUGCAUGACAAGCAGCGUUACAUUUCUGGUCAAGUUAACAAGUUCUCAAGCUGACAUUGCCAAGUAUCUUUAGGGCAAUAAACUCAA